AAAACAGCUGAAGACAUGGCUGUUGUGUAUUGUUUCAGUACGUCUAGGAUGUUAAUUUUGUCGAUUCUGCGUAAUCUUCGUUAAAAAGAAGGACACCUUGGGGUGACAGUCUUAAAAGGGAAAUGGCUCGAAAAUCAAAAACAAGUCUAGAAAACGAUAUAGAACGCUCGCGAUGGGAAGAAAAAUGGGAGCUUACCCCGAAACUGGUGGAGCAACUGUCGAGUAGAACUACAACAGAAUCCAGCGUAGGUGAGACUUAUCAUAAAAAACCUGACAGAAAAAAAUGAAAGAAAAUGGUUUAAAAUGUAUGCGCCUGAGGCGAAAAUAGUGAUUUAGAAGUGGUAGAAGGCGUCAUGCAAGUUCUGAAGUUGAUCAUGAUAACAUCAUUUGGAGAUGACAAUCACAAUAUUAAUUUGAGCUUAAUGUAAAUGUACAGCAACUAUCACCUGCUAGAAUGUAGCUGUUGUGUAUAAACUGACAGUGCAUGUAAUUCCCAAGUCCCAUGUGCUGCAAGAUUACAGUUUAGUGGCUGCAGAUACCGUGUACAAGCUGUAUUCCUAAAACAGAUAAAUCGAAAACUAAAUUGAUAUUGAAAAAUCCACAAAGAGGAUUACCCAUCACCAUGGAUAUACUUUUUGGGCAUAGUAUCUUUUUUUUGUACUUCUUCUAUCUACAUGCUUAAAGAAGGAAAAAUAGGCAUUACAUGUACAUGCUAUUCUUAGUGAAUAUCAAAGUGGAUAUGCAAUGUACAUGUAUGAGAAAUAUAAGACCUACAUGUACUUUUAGGGCCUGUUUACAUGGAGUGGGGGACCCCGGUCUAGUGGGGUAAGUUUCUUUUGUUUUCACGCUCUGGGGGACACAAAACAAAAGAAACUUACCCCACUAGACCGGGGUCCCCCACUCCAUGUAAACAGGGUCUCAAUCUAUUGGAUACCUUAAUACCCAGCUAUUUUGACUUGAAUAUGCAGAUAUACUACUGUACAUGCAUGUAGUGACUGUGUAUCAGGGCUUAAAAAAAGUCCUGUCUGGUAGGCCUGGAAAUAGCCUCCCACACAGGCAUUUUUAGUGGAGCUCGAAUUUCGUCCCCUCCCAACAAACGCCUGCUCAACCGGGAACAAAAUUCCUUUCCCAUUGUUAUAUUUGGGUGGUAAGUGACCAAUCAACAGUUUUGAAAUAAAGUGAUGACAGGCUAAACACGACUCAUAUUACAUAACCUCAUAGUAGUGUAAAAACGUGACUCCAUAGUCACCUUUUUCCUUCUUUUUUUUUUCCUUCACUAAGGUUGUGCAGUGCAUGGAGUAUUCUUAAAUCUUACUAAAUCUUAGGUAUUUUUAGGUAUUUUUAUUUAUUUGCCACACAAUUACAUUACUUAAAGAUGCCAAAAGAAAAAAAAAAAUUGUAGGAAGAGAUGGCGAGGAGGCCUAAAAGAAACUAUAGAGCUUAUGUUAAUUAGGCCUCCUCAAUUACAAUUUUUCGAAGAUGGCAUAAAAAUUACGGCGACGGGUACAGUAUAAUAUCAGGUGAAAAAUUAAACUAAUCAAUAUUACGGAAGUUUACAUGUACAAAUGUUGAAUAUUAAAAGGCUUUUUCCCAAGAUUUUUGUUGAAGUAUACUAAUAAUUAUUACAAAUAAAUGCCUUAAGUGCUCUUUUAAAGGAGAAAGGUGAGGAAGCGUUGAUGAUGUUGGUGUUUAAGGUGUUGUAAAAUUUAGGUCCUUGAUAAAAAACGGAAAAUUGCUUGGUUCGAGUACGACAGAAAGGCAGACGAAAUUUACACGAGUUUCUUGUAUUAUACAAAUGAAUUUGACUUUGUAAGGUAAAUUUACAAUGAAAUUUUAAAGGUAGAGUAUGGUUUUGAUAGGAGUACAUGAAUAAGCCUAGUUGUAUUAAGUAUAUAUCAUGAAAUUUUAAGAUACCAAGAUUUACUUUUGCCACUGUGAGUCUAACAUCAAUUGGAGGUCAUAAAGCUUUCCCAGUUUUUCAUGUAGAUUGAGUAAUUAACGGGUUACCCUGCGGUCAAGGUCAUCUUUCCAGAAUUUGGAAAGUACAAUGUGAUUGGCUAAGCUUGGAAAAGGAAUAUCGUUCUCGGUUAAUCUGUCAUUUUUGGGGAGGGAUGAAAUAUGAGCUUCUUUAGAAAUGCCUGUGUGCGAGGCUACUUACACAAAGGACAAGCUGAAUUUUUUAACCCUGUGUGUGUGCCUAUUUUUAGGGGUAAGAGGGGUAUUCUGCAGUUAAACCCAGUUAAUUGAGUCUUAAUUUUUAUAGAAUUUCACCCUACACAGAGAGCAUGGAAACGCAAAGGUUCCAUUUGGUAAAUACGGUCAACUCCUGUUCACUCAAACCUUCUAGAGAGGUAGAAAAAAUUUUGAGUUAUGGGGAGUUUGAGUUAUCGAGAGGUCGAAAGUAAAUAACUGGAAAUAAGGAAAUAAGGAAAUCGGAUGGAAAUGGAAUACAAGUAUCAUGCACACUUCACCUCAUGGACUCUCAACAAAGCUUGAUUAAUUAAUGUACAGGGCAGGACACUGUAAUUGAGUUGGUUUGAGUUAGCAAGGGUUCGAGCUAUCGCGAGUUGAAUGCAUUCUUAUUCAAACCUGUGUCUGCUGUAUGAAAUUGGGCAGUGCAAUAUUAAGCUAUUGUUAAUUCUGCUGUUUAGAUGCUGUUAAGAAACUAUUGAUCAGCGAAUCACAGGUUGAAAUUUAUCUCCGUGGUCAUCCCCUUGGAACAACUGAUGCCACGCAAACCAGGAAAGAUUUAGAGAAUGCUGUUACAAACCUUACAAAACUGGUUACUCAAGAUAAACUGGGAAAGGUAUAGUACAUGUAAUAUAUUGCCUUAAGUGAUCACCCAAAAUGGAUGAUUUAGUGGUCGCUUACAAGAGGUGGCCACUCACCAAAAUCAACAAACAAGGGGUUUCUUAUGGGACGAGGUCUCAGUAAUGUGUCUUUUGGAUGAUGAUUUAUGACCUGCAAUUUGCAGAAUAUGGUUCCAUGUCAUCACUGAAAGUUCUUGUUGUACUCUGAGUGAUGUAAUACAUGUGCAGUGAACAGAGACCACUUCAUGAGUCAAGUGAUUGCUUAUUAAAGGUUAAAAACAUUGGAAAACAAUAAGACCGUCAGGCCAAAAAGUGAUGGUGGGUUUUAUGACAGUACGAUGUCUUGCUGGAUUAACAAAUUGCAGUCCAAUCCAGUUACAUUUCCUUCUUGUAAACAGGCAGAAAGAACACAAGAGGCCUUACUUCUUCUUUGUAAAGUUCACUUCAUGAUGGAAGACUUUCACAGUUGUGUCAAAUACUGUAACCAAGCAGGUGCUGAUGAUAUCUACAUUGACUCACAGUCCAAACGAAAAUCAAAACUUGUUGCUGAUGGAUUUGCAUACAAAGGUAAUUAACAUAGGUGGUGGACAAAACACUGACCCCCAGUCCAUGGACUACCCUCAUGGACUAUGGACUACCCUAAAAUGGACUACACCACUGAAGUUUAGUGACUAGGGUUAGGAAACUGAGUGAAUCAAGUUUCAGGUCAGUUUUCCUAGUAUAGGGACUUUUUAAAUGGAACCUGAUUCACUCAGUUGCCUGACCCUAAUCAUUAAAUUAACUUCAGUGGCGUAGUCCAUUUUAGGGUAGUCCAUAUGGGUGGUCCAUGGAGGUAGUCAAUGGACUGGGGGUCAGUCUUUUGUCCACCACCAUUAACAUGUAGUAAUUAGUAUUAUGUGGCUCAAGAACAUAUUCAUGCCCCCCAAUCCAUGCAAAGGGAGUAGCAAGGGAGUCAAAACUUGCUUUCCUUGCCACUCGAUCACAGGGACCUUGCUCACAGUUUACAUUACACCCUUUUCCCCAUGAAUUAAGACUCAAAAUGUGUUGAGCAGACAUUUUUGCCUAGCAAGGCUUGUUCUGGUGAAAGAAUGGACAAACUUAAGAAGAGUACUUCAAUACAAAGUGAACUUACUGAAGUCUAGUUUGUGUUUGGGACUCGUACAUGUAUAUAAUUAAGCAUACUAUUCUGACUACUAAAUGUAUUGUAUGUCCUUUUAAAAAGUCAUGUGUUUGAUUAUGUUGGAAACAGCGUAGUCAAGCGGUUAGGGCGCUGGACUUUUAAUCCUGAGGUCCUGAGUUCAGGUCCCACCCUGGUGGCUGGUUGGAUUUGCUCUUGGUAGUCCCAAGUUCAAAUCCUCAUCAACGCUAACUUGUACAUGUAAAAUAGCCAACUGGUUCGCCUCCUACCUGAGCUGGGAUUCCUAACUUUGUUUUGUUCCAUUUGAAGUAUUUGUUUCAUUAUCCCUGAAAAGCCCCAGUAGGGGAGAACAUGCUAAUUAAGUAUUUAUUAUUUUUUUGAAUUUAUUUACGUUAUAACCUGGAAAAGUCAAUUGCUUUGAGGUGCAUCUGGAACUCUGGCCAUGGGGAAACGCGCCUUAAGGAACUGAUUGCUGAUGAUAAUAGCAUUUAAUUUUGUAUUAGUAACACAAGUAAAAGAACGUUUCACCUAAAUACUUGUAUUAAUUGAUAUAAUGUAUUUUUGUAUCUUCAGCUAUGGCCCUUGAGCAACUCCAGAAGGCUGGAGAGUCUUCUGUCAGUGAUGAUGACAUCAUUUCUUGUUAUGAAUGUGCUGGUGAUAUUGGGCUGUGGCUCAUGACUGAUCAGAUCUUCUCAUCAAGAGGGGCAGCGACUGCACAGGUUAUGCCACUUGGACAAACACUGGAGGUAGCUCUUCAGCGGUCUCCAAUACUUCUCAUUAAGAAUGGGUAAGAAAAAAAUUAUCAUAAACUGCUAGAUGUCCCUUUCAAAUUAUAACAGAGCAUAAUUAUAGUAUAAUUUGCAUAAUUAUAGCAUAAUGUAUUUACCAAUAAUUAUAAUUAAGAGAUUAGGACGAUAAACUGUAGGCCCCAUCUCAUGACCCUUGCUCGCAUAAAAUCCUGUGGUAUGUUAAAGAAGCCACGCACUGUUCAUAAAGAGUAGGGGAUAGUUCCCGGUGUGGUUGUCUACCUCUAAUGGGGGAACAGGAUGUUCCAGUCUGCAGUAAUUGGCGCCAUAUGCUGUUGGGAUGACCCUACCAAGAAUUGGCAGACCUAAGUAAAUUAAAUAAAUAAACAUAUUUUUUGUAAUGAACAUUGGUGUAUCUUCUUAUUUUUUUCAUUUUCCCUAACACUAGGAAGGUGACUCAAGGAAUUAACAGAUUCAGGCAUUUGCUCAGAGUUGUAGAGACGAAAGCUACUUUUGGCUUGAGAAAGGUACAUACAGAGGUUAUAGAUGACUUAAAGCAAAUUUUAAACUUUUAAAGAAGUUUACCUUGAUAUCAGCAUUUCAUAAUCACAUUUGCAUUGUACUUUUUGGAGUUCACCCAAUUUCAUUGUUAAAGGUAAAGUGAGACAAAUUUCUUGUCUGAUUACAUGUAUGUGUGUACAAAUAAUUGAUAACGUAAUUUUGCUUGAGAACUGAGUUUUCGGUAUAAUUUGUAUUGUUUUUCGUCUAAAAUGAGACUUGAUUCACAAAGCACAGUUCACGUUAUAAUAAUGCUUGAUAACUGAUUAUUGACUCCUGAUACUGUUUAACAACACAACUUCCUGAAAUCAAGAAUCAAGGAUCAUGACCCAGCAACGGACUGUCAACUUACUUUUGAGCAGUUUUGUUCGCUAUGUACAUAAUUAUUACGUACAUCUUAUUGUGAAACGUACUCACUGAAGUGACAAAAAAUUCUUUUAUUCUUCACAGGGACUGGCUAAACUGUUAUCUCAGGUUCUUCUGCGAGGAAUUUGUGAGAGGAAUUAUGAGAAACCCUUGCAUGUUUUACUCAGCUCACCAAUAAUCAGCUCCACAUCAUCACUGCGAUCUACAUCAAAGACAGAGUCAAAGGCUGCCACCAUAAAUGUUAUAAGCAGCAAGAAUGCCAUGUUCCCUCUUAAGCCGCAUUUAUACAGUGGGGAUAGGUGAAUAAAUCCUUUUUUUAUUUUUGUUGCAAUUUAUCUUUAGGUUUCUUCUAAUUGGCAUACAAUUUUCUCAAGGUUUCUACUGUAACUUAUCCAGUCUAGGGACAGUCAUUGUUAUAGCAAGGGCACCCAUGGUACUUUGACAUCAGUAAUGAUAAUACAGCUGUAUAUUGUUCUUGUUGUCGAGCGAUAAAGUUGGAAUCUAGCCUUGUUAAUAAUAAUAAAUAAUAAUUAUUAUUGAUUUGACAUAUUGGGAAUAGAAUGUGAGCCUAUUUGCAAUUUUCCUUGUUGCUGUCGUAGUUUCAACCCAUCUUCAUGUUGUUUGUCUUAUGUUGCUGUUUUCAAGGCCAUAUCACUUACGUAACAGGGUCUCUAGAAUGUCAUGGUAGUUAUAGUCUUAAACGAUGGAGUACCGACGAAAUAUUUGUUGUUAUAAGUUGCCCAUGUACUUGUAUUGAUCCUUCCCACUCAUUGUGCUUAGAUGGACAUACACUCCUGGCCCCGGUUGUUCAAACGUUGGAUAGCACUAUCUACCGGAUAAAUCACUAUCCAGCAGAUAAGUGUUUGGGAAACCAAACAUUAUCCAGUGGAUAGAGAUUUAUCCUUCGGAUGGCACUAUCCACCUUUUGAACAACUGGGGCCUGACCAGUAAUUCUGUUAAGUGAUAUUGGGUGUAAAGCUUAAUUUUUGUUUGCUCAAAGAGUGGGUUGAACUGAUCAAUUCUUAUAAAACUUUGUAAAUACUGAACAUUUCUACUAUUUUUUGAAAUUUCAGCCUAUUUUUUCCUCAAAAUGAAACAGAAGAAACCUUGAUUCUUCUACUUUUAGAAGAAGCUAUGGUGGGUCACUAUACCAGAUAAGUUAACUCACUAAGUAACCUACUAUGCAGUCCAAACGAGGCUGGGGAUAGGGGAAUAUUAAACAUGAUCAAAGUAUGAAGGGACCUGUACAAGCCUUCUUAUUACAUUUUUUGGAAUACCAGUGUUACAGUAGUAUUGGCAAAGAAGAAAUACGGCUCAUUCAAGUAUAAAGAGGGCAGUUACACUGUACUUCUUCCAGGUUUGCAUUGUAAAAGGGAGACAGUGGAAUUCACAUAAGACAUUGUUGCAGAGCAUUUUGUUUCUUCUAAUGAAACAUUUUGGUUUGGUUAUUUAAACAAAGUCCAACUUACUGUAGACCACGGCUUGGCAAAUCUUUUGAUCUCCAGAUCUCUCUCCUAGUGGGUUAUUUUAAGAAGGUAAAUGCUUUUCCAGUCUAUGCCAUGUGCUAUCAUGAAAAAGUUCACAAUAAAAUUUAAUGGUAUUACAGGUAAGAUGAAAGCUUUGGGUAAAGUGAAAAUGACACUGGCAAAGCUUUGUUGAAAUAAUUGGCCCUUUGUGUUUCAAUUUCAUCUGUGACAUGAUUGUGUUAUUUUUAUUUUUAUCCCUACCAGGUCUCCAAAGAUGCAGAAUUGAGUCAAGCCCCUGACAAGUCUGCUGCCCGUCAUAAAACAGUGAAGGAUUCUGAGAGUGUUUAUGACUUAUUGACAGUGGCAUUGGUUCGGAGGGCACAGUAUGGCAUGCUGGCAGAGGUUUGUAAUAUGUUUGAUAGAUACAGAGGCUUGAGUUGUAAAUCUACUUACUGGUACUUCUUCUUUAGUAUAAAUUACAGACUUCAUAACAAUAAGAAACUACUUGUGGUGCAUGUAUAUUAUCGUAGCUUAAUCUAGGCUAAAUGCAGACAUUGUCUUUGUGGUUUAUAAAAGCAUAAAUCGUGGAAAAUUCAUGCAAGUUUUUGCUGUUUUAAAAAGUAUUAUAUAUACAUGAUAUAAAGAAGGUUUGCAUAACAUAGGUCAGAGGGUUUUGAACAACAACACUGGAAGGGCUUCAGCCUUAGUUAACACCUCCUUGAUCUGCACAAUUCUUUAUAUCAUACUUAGUUUCAUCCAAUAAUUGUUAAAUAUAUAGCAACGGAGGGAAUAUUGCUUGCUAGGUGGUUUCAACAUUAGCCCAAAAAGCUGUUAAAAGUUGGUAAUCCAAAAGAAUUAAGUUGGUGGAAUAUGACUGUUUGGCUGAGUGUAGUCCUAAGUAGGACUGUUGUUGCAGUGGCAGAUCCAGACCUUCACAUUGGGGGUGGGGGAGGAGGGGAGGCAGUCAUCCAGACCCUGAGAUAAGGGGAGGGGGGCAGGCCCCCUGGACCCCUCCCUUGGAUCCACCACUGUGCUGACAUUGUGACUGACCUUUUGACAACCCUUGCGGUAGUCAUCUUCAGAGUAAAAGUGAGCUGUAUCAUGUCAGUUGAUGGUAUUAAACUCUGGUUAUUGACCUCUCUGGCCUCUCUUUCAUUACUUAACUUUUGAUUUUUCCCAGUGUUUAGACCGAGGAAUGAAGGUUGCAUUUGAAGAGUUUCAUCUGUGGUUCCAGUUCGCCCUUUCUCUCAUCAGCGCUGGCAAAGUAAGUACUAAAAAUGAAUUUAACUUAAAAGUUGGAUAUCAAAUUUGUAGUUCUGUGGUUGUUUAUCAGCCAUAAGUUGCAUUCAUCCAGUUAAAAAACUCGAAGAAAAUAUCUUGGACAGAAAGGGACUGAAGGGGACUACAAUCAGGGACAAAAGUAGUUGACACACUUAUUUAAAACGGGUGCUUUUAACAAACAUUUAAUUCAUUUAUUAUUUCAUUCCUUUUAAACGCCGUAAAUCCCCCGACCCCCCGAAUCAAUGUUGUCUGAAGUAAAAAAAAGACUUGAGGGUCCAAAAUUCAACAUUGAUUUUGGGGGGAAGGGGUUCUGGUAGACAGAGGAAGGGGAUAAGUAUAUCCACUAUGCAAAAAGGGGCCAUUUUACGGAAGUGUGUCAACACUUUUGUCCCUCAUUGUCUGAAUGCAAAAUUGUGCUACUGCACACAAGUUGAGCCGUAUAUGACACUGAUUUUAACUGAAAUUAAAUGAAUCAAUGACAUAAUUAUGUUAUUGGUGAUGGGGGUGACAUUGACUUAUUCACGACCAAAUUAUAGGGCCAAUUCGAAUUACGUGAUGACGUAAUAAAAGGGCUGCGAUAUCCAGAAUAAACGUCGAUAUGGUUUACAUGCUAAAAACUGACGCUGAAACUCGCACACAUGUACAACUUUUGAUGAAUUUCAAGGGUAUGCGUACUGAAAAUAUUUUUAAUAAAGUGAAUAUUUCUCGUUCUUCACUUUAUCCGAUUGUCAAGGCGCAAACAAUCACGGGUAGGGUAAGGAUUGACCCGUAGUGGAGAUAGUCACUGGCCAGUCACGGAAAUAUGGAACGUUAGUGAGGAGCGGCCGUCACUGGGUUCAAUAUCGAAACUACGGAAAAGUGAAGGUAAAUUCAUGGCCAAUUCAAUAAAAAAAACUAAGGACAGCGUAGCAAACAUUGCAAGUGUACACGAAAACAAUUACUUUCAAUCCCACCUCGUGACACCCUGUGUGACAUGAUAACGCAACGUAAAUAGCGUGACAUGAGCGCAUAUGUCUGUGUAUUUGGACUGCAUUUCUCAAGCGAAACCCUGUGUUGUUGUCUAUUGUCGGGAGUGAAAAUGAAAAGAGAGCUUUGAAACGUGAACUGGUAUUUGACUCUCAAAGAAAACGACAGCUCAAACUGAGGAAAACACUGCUUCCUUCGUGUUACAACGGUUAACCAAGUUUCGGCAAACGGAAAGUAACAUAUUAAGUCUGUUAUGACCUCUUGAUGUCGAUAUAUAUGCUCCUGGUUAACCGUUGAAACUCCUUAUUUGCACCACAUCGCUGGAAUUUUUCUCGCCAAGAAUACGUAUUGUGAAGCACUUUCUACAUAGCCGAAUCUUCUUUUGGAAUUAGGGCAUAAAAAGGAAGAUUUUCCAGAGCACGGCCGUCAUCGAUCACGUGUUAUCCCGCUUUUCUUGUCAUCAAGUGAACUUCUGGGCCAAAGUAAUUGCUGUUUUGGCGAUGAUACAAACUGGUGUGUCUAUCUUGAAAACAAUUUCUUUGGUAUUCUGUGAUUUACGAGCUGGGAAAUGAAAUAGUUGUCCACCCAACACCGAUAAAAAAAAAAUGCCACUGAAUAAAUAGCAGGCGGUCAUCUAAAAUCAUUACAAAAGUACAUUCCUAACCUGGUCUAACCUGUUCGACGCCUACACACGCUAAAGGUUUGGAUCUGCUAGAUUUGAAAAGGUCUCCAAAAAAAAUCAUCUAUUUAUAGGGCAUAGCACAAACGACUGGCUCAUCAUUUAUGAGGUUCAUAACCUGUAUAUUGUUCACGUCCUUUCACUAAUGGCACAAGUCAAUGUCAACAAUAAUGCAAAUUGCAGUACUUCAUUCGCUUAAGUUAACCAUUUACCAGAACAAUUUUCAUUGUACCUUAGUGUUUCCAUCCUUUUUCCACCAUUGAUAAUACUUGUAAAAAAAAAUUACAUCCGCAGCAACGGGAUUGAUCACAACACAAAUGAUUUCCUCUCGACCCGACAGGGUAUCAGGAACGCGCGCGGGAGUACAAAAUUAAGUAAUGACAAAAGCUUCGUACAUUUUACUGUACGUAUAUUACAAAUCAGGCCGAAACUUUACAAAUUGUUGUUUAUAUACAAAAAAUUUGUCCCAUAGAGUAACGUCAUCGCACAAAAGUUCAUCAGCGUCAAAAAUCUAACCGGAAAACACAGAUACAUGUUUCAGACAAUCAGGCACAAAAGCAGUUGACACACUUGUUUCAAACGGGUGCUUUUAACAAACAUUUAAUUCAUUUAUUAUUUCAUUCCUUUUAAACGCCGUAAAUCCCCCGACCCCCCGAAUCAAUGUUGUCUGAAGUAAAAAAAAGACUUGAGGGUCCAAAAUUCAACAUUGAUUUUGGGGGGAAGGGGUUCUGGUAGACAGAGGAAGGGGAUAAGUAUAUCCACUAUGCAAAAAGGGGCCAUUUUACGGAAGUGUGUCAACACUUUUGUCCCUCAUUGUCUGAAUGCAAAAUUGUGCUACUGCACACAAGUUGAGCCGUAUAUGACACUGAUUUUAACUGAAAUUAAAUGAAUCAAUGACAUAAUUAUGUUAUUGGUGAUGGGGGUGACAUUGACUUAUUCACGACCAAAUUAUAGGGCCAAUUCGAAUUACGUGAUGACGUAAUAAAAGGGCUGCGAUAUCCAGAAUAAACGUCGAUAUGGUUUACAUGCUAAAAACUGACGCUGAAACUCGCACACAUGUACAACUUUUGAUGAAUUUCAAGGGUAUGCGUACUGAAAAUAUUUUUAAUAAAGUGAAUAUUUCUCGUUCUUCACUUUAUCCGAUUGUCAAGGCGCAAACAAUCACGGGUAGGGUAAGGAUUGACCCGUAGUGGAGAUAGUCACUGGCCAGUCACGGAAAUAUGGAACGUUAGUGAGGAGCGGCCGUCACUGGGUUCAAUAUCGAAACUACGGAAAAGUGAAGGUAAAUUCAUGGCCAAUUCAAUAAAAAAAACUAAGGACAGCGUAGCAAACAUUGCAAGUGUACACGAAAACAAUUACUUUCAAUCCCACCUCGUGACACCCUGUGUGACAUGAUAACGCAACGUAAAUAGCGUGACAUGAGCGCAUAUGUCUGUGUAUUUGGACUGCAUUUCUCAAGCGAAACCCUGUGUUGUUGUCUAUUGUCGGGAGUGAAAAUGAAAAGAGAGCUUUGAAACGUGAACUGGUAUUUGACUCUCAAAGAAAACGACAGCUCAAACUGAGGAAAACACUGCUUCCUUCGUGUUACAACGGUUAACCAAGUUUCGGCAAACGGAAAGUAACAUAUUAAGUCUGUUAUGACCUCUUGAUGUCGAUAUAUAUGCUCCUGGUUAACCGUUGAAACUCCUUAUUUGCACCACAUCGCUGGAAUUUUUCUCGCCAAGAAUACGUAUUGUGAAGCACUUUCUACAUAGCCGAAUCUUCUUUUGGAAUUAGGGCAUAAAAAAGAAGAUUUUCCAGAGCACGGCCGUCAUCGAUCACGUGUUAUCCCGCUUUUCUUGUCAUCAAGUGAACUUCUGGGCCAAAGUAAUUGCUGUUUUGGCGAUGAUACAAACUGGUGUGUCUAUCUUGAAAACAAUUUCUUUGGUAUUCUGUGAUUUACGAGCUGGGAAAUGAAAUAGUUGUCCACCCAACACCGAUAAAAAAAAUGCCACUGAAUAAAUAGCAGGCGGUCAUCUAAAAUCAUUACAAAAGUACAUUCCUAACCUGGUCUAACCUGUUCGACGCCUACACACGCUAAAGGUUUGGAUCUGCUAGAUUUGAAAAGGUCUCCAAAAAAAAUCAUCUAUUUAUAGGGCAUAGCACAAACGACUGGCUCAUCAUUUAUGAGGUUCAUAACCUGUAUAUUGUUCACGUCCUUUCACUAAUGGCACAAGUCAAUGUCAACAAUAAUGCAAAUUGCAGUACUUCAUUCGCUUAAGUUAACCAUUUACCAGAACAAUUUUCAUUGUACCUUAGUGUUUCCAUCCUUUUCCACCAUUGAUAAUACUUGUAAAAAAAUUACAUCCACAGCAGCGGCAUUGAUCACAACACAAAUGAUUUCCUCUCGACCCGACAGGGUAUCAGGAACGCGCGGGGAGCACAAAAUUAAGUAAUGACAAAAGCUUCGUACAUUUUACUGUACGUAUAUUACAAAUCAGGCCGAAACUUUACAAAUUGUUGUUUAUAUACAAAAAAUUUGUCCCAUAGAGUAACGUCAUCGCACAAAAGUUCAUCAGCGUCAAAAAUCUAACCGGAAAACACAGAUACAUGUUUCAGACAAUCAGGCACAAAAGCAGUUGACACACUUGUUUCAAACGGGUGCUUUUAACAAACAUUUAAUUCAUUUAUUAUUUCAUUCCUUUUAAACGCCGUAAUUCCCUCACCCCCCGAAUCAAUGUUGUCUGAAGUAAAAAAAAAAAGGACUUGAGGGUCCAAAAUACAACAUUGAUUUUGGAGGGAAGGGGUUGGGGUAGACAGAGGAAGGAGAUAAGUAUAUCCACCAUGCAAAAGGGGCCAUUUUACGGAAGUGUGAACACUUUUGUCCCUCAUUGUCUGAAUGCAAAAUUGUGCUACUGCACACAAGUUGAGCCGUAUAUGACACUGAUUUUAACUGAAAUUAAAUGAAUCAAUGACAUAAUUAUGUUAUUGGUGAUGGGGGUGACAUUGACUUAUUCACGACCAAAUUAUAGGGCCAAUUCGAAUUACGUGAUGACGUAAUAAAAGGGCUGCGAUAUCCAGAAUAAACGUCGAUAUGGUUUACAUGCUAAAAAACUGACGCUGAAACUCGCACAUGUACAACUUUUGAUGAAUUUCAAGGGUAUGCGUACUGAAAAUAUUUUUAAUAAAGUGAAUAUUUCUCGUUCUUCACUUUAUCCGAUUGUCAAGGCGCAAACAAUCACGGGUAGGGUAAGGAUUGACCCGUAGUGGAGAUAGUCACUGGCCAGUCACGGAAAUAUGGAACGUUAGUGAGGAGCGGCCGUCACUGGGUUCAAUAUCGAAACUACGGAAAAGUGAAGGUAAAUUCAUGGCCAAUUCAAUAAAAAAACUAAGGACAGCGUUGCAAACAUUGCAAGUGUACACGAAAACAAUUACUUUCAAUCCCACCUCGUGACACCCUGUGUGACAUGAUAACGCAACGUAAAUAGCGUGACAUGAGCGCAUAUGUCUGUGUAUUUGGACUGCAUUUCUCAAGCGAAACCCUGUGUUGUUGUCUAUUGUCGGGGAGUGAAAAUGAAAAGAGAGCUUUGAAACGUGAACUGGUAUUUGACUCUCAAAGAAAACGACAGCUCAAACUGAGGAAAACACUGCUUCCUUCGUGUUACAACGGUUAACCAAGUUUCGGCAAACGGAAAGUAACAUAUUAAGUCUGUUAUGACCUCUUGAUGUCGAUAUAUAUGCUCCUGGUUAACCGUUGAAACUCCUUAUUUGCACCACAUCGCUGGAAUUUUUCUCGCCAAGAAUACGUAUUGUGAAGCACUUUCUACAUAGCCGAAUCUUCUUUUGGAAUUAGGGCAUAAAAAGGAAGAUUUUCCAGAGCACGGCCGUCAUCGAUCACGUGUUAUCCCGCUUUUCUUGUCAUCAAGUGAACUUCUGGGCCAAAGUAAUUGCUGUUUUGGCGAUGAUACAAACUGGUGUGUCUAUCUUGAAAACAAUUUCUUUGGUAUUCUGUGAUUUACGAGCUGGGAAAUGAAAUAGUUGUCCACCCAACACCGAUAAAAAAAAUGCCACUGAAUAAAUAGCAGGCGGUCAUCUAAAAUCAUUACAAAAGUACAUUCCUAACCUGGUCUAACCUGUUCGACGCCUACACACGCUAAAGGUUUGGAUCUGCUAGAUUUGAAAAGGUCUCCAAAAAAAAUCAUCUAUUUAUAGGGCAUAGCACAAACGACUGGCUCAUCAUUUAUGAGGUUCAUAACCUGUAUAUUGUUCACGUCCUUUCACUAAUGGCACAAGUCAAUGUCAACAAUAAUGCAAAUUGCAGUACUUCAUUCGCUUAAGUUAACCAUUUACCAGAACAAUUUUCAUUGUACCUUAGUGUUUCCAUCCUUUUUCCACCAUUGAUAAUACUUGUAAAAAAAAUUACAUCCACAGCAGCGGCAUUGAUCACAACACAAAUGAUUUCCUCUCGACCCGACAGGGUAUCAGGAACGCGCGCGGGAGCACAAGAUUAAGUAAUGACAUACGCUUCGUACAUUUUACUCUACGUAUACUACAAAUCGGGACCAAACUUUUCAAAUUGUUGUUUAUAAACAAACAAUUUGGUCCAUAAAUAACGUCAUCGCACAAAAAUUCAGCAGCGUCCAAAAUCUAGCCGGAAAACACAGAUACAUAUUUCAGACAAUCAGGGACAAAAGUAGUUGACACACUUAUUUAAAACGGGUGCUUUUAACAAACAUUUAAUUCAUUUAUUAUUUCAUUCCUUUUAAACGCCGUAAAUCCCCCGACCCCCCGAAUCAAUGUUGUCUGAAGUAAAAAAAAGACUUGAGGGUCCAAAAUUCAACAUUGAUUUUGGGGGGAAGGGGUUCUGGUAGACAGAGGAAGGGGAUAAGUAUAUCCACUAUGCAAAAAGGGGCCAUUUUACGGAAGUGUGUCAACACUUUUGUCCCUCAUUGUCUGAAUGCAAAAUUGUGCUACUGCACACAAGUUGAGCCGUAUAUGACACUGAUUUUAACUGAAAUUAAAUGAAUCAAUGACAUAAUUAUGUUAUUGGUGAUGGGGUGACAUUGACUUAUUCACGACCAAAUUAUAGGGCCAAUUCGAAUUACGUGAUGCCGUAAUAAAAGGGCUGCGAUAUCCAGAAUAAACGUCGAUAUGGUUUACAUGCUAAAACUGACGCUGAAACUCGCACACAUGUACAACUUUUGAUGAAUUUCAAGGGUAUGCGUACUGAAAAUAUUUUUAAUAAAGUGAAUAUUUCUCGUUCUUCACUUUAUCCGAUUGUCAAGGCGCAAACAAUCACGGGUAGGGUAAGGAUUGACCCGUAGUGGAGAUAGUCACUGGCCAGUCACGGAAAUAUGGAACGUUAGUGAGGAGCGGCCGUCACUGGGUUCAAUAUCGAAACUACGGAAAAGUGAAGGUAAAUUCAUGGCCAAUUCAAUAAAAAAAAACUAAGGACAGCGUAGCAAACAUUGCAAGUGUACACGAAAACAAUUACUUUCAAUCCCACCUCGUGACACCCUGUGUGACAUGAUAACGCAACGUAAAUAGCGUGACAUGAGCGCAUAUGUCUGUGUAUUUGGACUGCAUUUCUCAAGCGAAACCCUGUGUUGUUGUCUAUUGUCGGGAGUGAAAAUGAAAAGAGAGCUUUGAAACGUGAACUGGUAUUUGACUCUCAAAGAAAACGACAGCUCAAACUGAGGAAAACACUGCUUCCUUCGUGUUACAACGGUUAACCAAGUUUCGGCAAACGGAAAGUAACAUAUUAAGUCUGUUAUGACCUCUUGAUGUCGAUAUAUAUGCUCCUGGUUAACCGUUGAAACUCCUUAUUUGCACCACAUCGCUGGAAUUUUUCUCGCCAAGAAUACGUAUUGUGAAGCACUUUCUACAUAGCCGAAUCUUCUUUUGGAAUUAGGGCAUAAAAAGGAAGAUUUUCCAGAGCACGGCCGUCAUCGAUCACGUGUUAUCCCGCUUUUCUUGUCAUCAAGUGAACUUCUGGGCCAAAGUAAUUGCUGUUUUGGCGAUGAUACAAACUGGUGUGUCUAUCUUGAAAACAAUUUCUUUGGUAUUCUGUGAUUUACGAGCUGGGAAAUGAAAUAGUUGUCCACCCAACACCGAUAAAAAAAAAUGCCACUGAAUAAAUAGCAGGCGGUCAUCUAAAAUCAUUACAAAAGUACAUUCCUAACCUGGUCUAACCUGUUCGACGCCUACACACGCUAAAGGUUUGGAUCUGCUAGAUUUGAAAAGGUCUCCAAAAAAAAUCAUCUAUUUAUAGGGCAUAGCACAAACGACUGGCUCAUCAUUUAUGAGGUUCAUAACCUGUAUAUUGUUCACGUCCUUUCACUAAUGGCACAAGUCAAUGUCAACAAUAAUGCAAAUUGCAGUACUUCAUUCGCUUAAGUUAACCAUUUACCAGAACAAUUUUCAUUGUACCUUAGUGUUUCCAUCCUUUUUCCACCAUUGAUAAUACUUGUAAAAAAAAUUACAUCCACAGCAGCGGCAUUGAUCACAACACAAAUGAUUUCCUCUCGACCCGACAGGGUAUCAGGAACGCGCGCGGGAGCACAAGAUUAAGUAAUGACAUACGCUUCGUACAUUUUACUCUACGUAUACUACAAAUCGGGACCAAACUUUUCAAAUUGUUGUUUAUAAACAAACAAUUUGGUCCAUAGAGUAACGUCAUCGCACAAAAAUUCAGCAGCGUCCAAAAUCUAGCCGGAAAACACAGAUACAUAUUUCAGACAAUCAGGGACAAAAGUAGUUGACACACUUAUUUAAAACGGGUGCUUUUAACAAACAUUUAAUUCAUUUAUUAUUUCAUUCCUUUUAAACGCCGUAAAUCCCCCGACCCCCCGAAUCAAUGUUGUCUGAAGUAAAAAAAAGACUUGAGGGUCCAAAAUUCAACAUUGAUUUUGGGGGGAAGGGGUUCUGGUAGACAGAGGAAGGGGAUAAGUAUAUCCACUAUGCAAAAAGGGGCCAUUUUACGGAAGUGUGUCAACACUUUUGUCCCUCAUUGUCUGAAUGCAAAAUUGUGCUACUGCACACAAGUUGAGCCGUAUAUGACACUGAUUUUAACUGAAAUUAAAUGAAUCAAUGACAUAAUUAUGUUAUUGGUGAUGGGGGUGACAUUGACUUAUUCACGACCAAAUUAUAGGGCCAAUUCGAAUUACGUGAUGACGUAAUAAAAGGGCUGCGAUAUCCAGAAUAAACGUCGAUAUGGUUUACAUGCUAAAAACUGACGCUGAAACUCGCACACAUGUACAACUUUUGAUGAAUUUCAAGGGUAUGCGUACUGAAAAUAUUUUUAAUAAAGUGAAUAUUUCUCGUUCUUCACUUUAUCCGAUUGUCAAGGCGCAAACAAUCACGGGUAGGGUAAGGAUUGACCCGUAGUGGAGAUAGUCACUGGCCAGUCACGGAAAUAUGGAACGUUAGUGAGGAGCGGCCGUCACUGGGUUCAAUAUCGAAACUACGGAAAAGUGAAGGUAAAUUCAUGGCCAAUUCAAUAAAAAAAAACUAAGGACAGCGUAGCAAACAUUGCAAGUGUACACGAAAACAAUUACUUUCAAUCCCACCUCGUGACACCCUGUGUGACAUGAUAACGCAACGUAAAUAGCGUGACAUGAGCGCAUAUGUCUGUGUAUUUGGACUGCAUUUCUCAAGCGAAACCCUGUGUUGUUGUCUAUUGUCGGGAGUGAAAAUGAAAAGAGAGCUUUGAAACGUGAACUGGUAUUUGACUCUCAAAGAAAACGACAGCUCAAACUGAGGAAAACACUGCUUCCUUCGUGUUACAACGGUUAACCAAGUUUCGGCAAACGGAAAGUAACAUAUUAAGUCUGUUAUGACCUCUUGAUGUCGAUAUAUAUGCUCCUGGUUAACCGUUGAAACUCCUUAUUUGCACCACAUCGCUGGAAUUUUUCUCGCCAAGAAUACGUAUUGUGAAGCACUUUCUACAUAGCCGAAUCUUCUUUUGGAAUUAGGGCAUAAAAAGGAAGAUUUUCCAGAGCACGGCCGUCAUCGAUCACGUGUUAUCCCGCUUUUCUUGUCAUCAAGUGAACUUCUGGGCCAAAGUAAUUGCUGUUUUGGCGAUGAUACAAACUGGUGUGUCUAUCUUGAAAACAAUUUCUUUGGUAUUCUGUGAUUUACGAGCUGGGAAAUGAAAUAGUUGUCCACCCAACACCGAUAAAAAAAAAUGCCACUGAAUAAAUAGCAGGCGGUCAUCUAAAAUCAUUACAAAAGUACAUUCCUAACCUGGUCUAACCUGUUCGACGCCUACACACGCUAAAGGUUUGGAUCUGCUAGAUUUGAAAAGGUCUCCAAAAAAAAAAUCAUCUAUUUAUAGGGCAUAGCACAAACGACUGGCUCAUCAUUUAUGAGGUUCAUAACCUGUAUAUUGUUCACGUCCUUUCACUAAUGGCACAAGUCAAUGUCAACAAUAAUGCAAAUUGCAGUACUUCAUUCGCUUAAGUUAACCAUUUACCAGAACAAUUUUCAUUGUACCUUAGUGUUUCCAUCCUUUUUCCACCAUUGAUAAUACUUGUAAAAAAAAAUUACAUCCACAGCAGCGGCAUUGAUCACAACACAAAUGAUUUCCUCUCGACCCGACAGGGUAUCAGGAACGCGCGCGGGAGCACAAGAUUAAGUAAUGACAUACGCUUCGUACAUUUUACUCUACGUAUACUACAAAUCGGGACCAAACUUUUCAAAUUGUUGUUUAUAAACAAACAAUUUGGUCCAUAGAGUAACGUCAUCGCACAAAAAUUCAGCAGCGUCCAAAAUCUAGCCGGAAAACACAGAUACAUAUUUCAGACAAUCAGGGACAAAAGUAGUUGACACACUUAUUUAAAACGGGUGCUUUUAACAAACAUUUAAUUCAUUUAUUAUUUCAUUCCUUUUAAACGCCGUAAAUCCCCCGACCCCCCGAAUCAAUGUUGUCUGAAGUAAAAAGACUUGAGGGUCCAAAAUUCAACAUUGAUUUUGGGGGGAAGGGGUUCUGGUAGACAGAGGAAGGGGAUAAGUAUAUCCACUAUGCAAAAAGGGGCCAUUUUACGGAAGUGUGUCAACACUUUUGUCCCUCAUUGUCUGAAUGCAAAAUUGUGCUACUGCACACAAGUUGAGCCGUAUAUGACACUGAUUUUAACUGAAAUUAAAUGAAUCAAUGACAUAAUUAUGUUAUUGGUGAUGGGGGUGACAUUGACUUAUUCACGACCAAAUUAUAGGGCCAAUUCGAAUUACGUGAUGACGUAAUAAAAGGGCUGCGAUAUCCAGAAUAAACGUCGAUAUGGUUUACAUGCUAAAACUGACGCUGAAACUCGCACACAUGUACAACUUUUGAUGAAUUUCAAGGGUAUGCGUACUGAAAAUAUUUUUAAUAAAGUGAAUAUUUCUCGUUCUUCACUUUAUCCGAUUGUCAAGGCGCAAACAAUCACGGGUAGGGUAAGGAUUGACCCGUAGUGGAGAUAGUCACUGGCCAGUCACGGAAAUAUGGAACGUUAGUGAGGAGCGGCCGUCACUGGGUUCAAUAUCGAAACUACGGAAAAGUGAAGGUAAAUUCAUGGCCAAUUCAAUAAAAAAAACUAAGGACAGCGUAGCAAACAUUGCAAGUGUACACGAAAACAAUUACUUUCAAUCCCACCUCGUGACACCCUGUGUGACAUGAUAACGCAACGUAAAUAGCGUGACAUGAGCGCAUAUGUCUGUGUAUUUGGACUGCAUUUCUCAAGCGAAACCCUGUGUUGUUGUCUAUUGUCGGGAGUGAAAAUGAAAAGAGAGCUUUUGAAACGUGAACUGGUAUUUGACUCUCAAAGAAAACGACAGCUCAAACUGAGGAAAACACUGCUUCCUUCGUGUUACAACGGUUAACCAAGUUUCGGCAAACGGAAAGUAACAUAUUAAGUCUGUUAUGACCUCUUGAUGUCGAUAUAUAUGCUCCUGGUUAACCGUUGAAACUCCUUAUUUGCACCACAUCGCUGGAAUUUUUCUCGCCAAGAAUACGUAUUGUGAAGCACUUUCUACAUAGCCGAAUCUUCUUUUGGAAUUAGGGCAUAAAAAGGAAGAUUUUCCAGAGCACGGCCGUCAUCGAUCACGUGUUAUCCCGCUUUUCUUGUCAUCAAGUGAACUUCUGGGCCAAAGUAAUUGCUGUUUUGGCGAUGAUACAAACUGGUGUGUCUAUCUUGAAAACAAUUUCUUUGGUAUUCUGUGAUUUACGAGCUGGGAAAUGAAAUAGUUGUCCACCCAACACCGAUAAAAAAAAAUGCCACUGAAUAAAUAGCAGGCGGUCAUCUAAAAUCAUUACAAAAGUACAUUCCUAACCUGGUCUAACCUGUUCGACGCCUACACACGCUAAAGGUUUGGAUCUGCUAGAUUUGAAAAGGUCUCCAAAAAAAAAAAAAUCAUCUAUUUAUAGGGCAUAGCACAAACGACUGGCUCAUCAUUUAUGAGGUUCAUAACCUGUAUAUUGUUCACGUCCUUUCACUAAUGGCACAAGUCAAUGUCAACAAUAAUGCAAAUUGCAGUACUUCAUUCGCUUAAGUUAACCAUUUACCAGAACAAUUUUCAUUGUACCUUAGUGUUUCCAUCCUUUUUCCACCAUUGAUAAUACUUGUAAAAAAAAUUACAUCCACAGCAGCGGCAUUGAUCACAACACAAAUGAUUUCCUCUCGACCCGACAGGGUAUCAGGAACGCGCGCGGGAGCACAAGAUUAAGUAAUGACAUACGCUUCGUACAUUUUACUCUACGUAUACUACAAAUCGGGACCAAACUUUUCAAAUUGUUGUUUAUAAACAAACAAUUUGGUCCAUAGAGUAACGUCAUCGCACAAAAAUUCAGCAGCGUCCAAAAUCUAGCCGGAAAACACAGAUACAUAUUUCAGACAAUCAGGGACAAAAGUAGUUGACACACUUAUUUAAAACGGGUGCUUUUAACAAACAUUUAAUUCAUUUAUUAUUUCAUUCCUUUUAAACGCCGUAAAUCCCCCGACCCCCCGAAUCAAUGUUGUCUGAAGUAAAAAAAAGACUUGAGGGUCCAAAAUUCAACAUUGAUUUUGGGGGGAAGGGGUUCUGGUAGACAGAGGAAGGGGAUAAGUAUAUCCACUAUGCAAAAAGGGGCCAUUUUACGGAAGUGUGUCAACACUUUUGUCCCUCAUUGUCUGAAUGCAAAAUUGUGCUACUGCACACAAGUUGAGCCGUAUAUGACACUGAUUUUAACUGAAAUUAAAUGAAUCAAUGACAUAAUUAUGUUAUUGGUGAUGGGGGUGACAUUGACUUAUUCACGACCAAAUUAUAGGGCCAAUUCGAAUUACGUGAUGACGUAAUAAAAGGGCUGCGAUAUCCAGAAUAAACGUCGAUAUGGUUUACAUGCUAAAAACUGACGCUGAAACUCGCACACAUGUACAACUUUUGAUGAAUUUCAAGGGUAUGCGUACUGAAAAUAUUUUUAAUAAAGUGAAUAUUUCUCGUUCUUCACUUUAUGCGAUUGUCAAGGCGCAAACAAUCACGGGUAGGGUAAGGAUUGACCCGUAGUGGAGAUAGUCACUGGCCAGUCACGGAAAUAUGGAACGUUAGUGAGGAGCGGCCGUCACUGGGUUCAAUAUCGAAACUACGGAAAAGUGAAGGUAAAUUCAUGGCCAAUUCAAUAAAAAAACUAAGGACAGCGUAGCAAACAUUGCAAGUGUACACGAAAACAAUUACUUUCAAUCCCACCUCGUGACACCCUGUGUGACAUGAUAACGCAACGUAAAUAGCGUGACAUGAGCGCAUAUGUCUGUGUAUUUGGACUGCAUUUCUCAAGCGAAACCCUGUGUUGUUGUCUAUUGUCGGGAGUGAAAAUGAAAAGAGAGCUUUGAAACGUGAACUGGUAUUUGACUCUCAAAGAAAACGACAGCUCAAACUGAGGAAAACACUGCUUCCUUCGUGUUACAACGGUUAACCAAGUUUCGGCAAACGGAAAGUAACAUAUUAAGUCUGUUAUGACCUCUUGAUGUCGAUAUAUAUGCUCCUGGUUAACCGUUGAAACUCCUUAUUUGCACCACAUCGCUGGAAUUUUUUCUCGCCAAGAAUACGUAUUGUGAAGCACUUUCUACAUAGCCGAAUCUUCUUUUGGAAUUAGGGCAUAAAAAGGAAGAUUUUCCAGAGCACGGCCGUCAUCGAUCACGUGUUAUCCCGCUUUUCUUGUCAUCAAGUGAACUUCUGGGCCAAAGUAAUUGCUGUUUUGGCGAUGAUACAAACUGGUGUGUCUAUCUUGAAAACAAUUUCUUUGGUAUUCUGUGAUUUACGAGCUGGGAAAUGAAAUAGUUGUCCACCCAACACCGAUAAAAAAAAAAUGCCACUGAAUAAAUAGCAGGCGGUCAUCUAAAAUCAUUACAAAAGUACAUUCCUAACCUGGUCUAACCUGUUCGACGCCUACACACGCUAAAGGUUUGGAUCUGCUAGAUUUGAAAAGGUCUCCAAAAAAAAAAUCAUCUAUUUAUAGGGCAUAGCACAAACGACUGGCUCAUCAUUUAUGAGGUUCAUAACCUGUAUAUUGUUCACGUCCUUUCACUAAUGGCACAAGUCAAUGUCAACAAUAAUGCAAAUUGCAGUACUUCAUUCGCUUAAGUUAACCAUUUACCAGAACAAUUUUCAUUGUACCUUAGUGUUUCCAUCCUUUUUCCACCAUUGAUAAUACUUGUAAAAAAAAAUUACAUCCACAGCAGCGGCAUUGAUCACAACACAAAUGAUUUCCUCUCGACCCGACAGGGUAUCAGGAACGCGCGCGGGAGCACAAGAUUAAGUAAUGACAUACGCUUCGUACAUUUUACUCUACGUAUACUACAAAUCGGGACCAAACUUUUCAAAUUGUUGUUUAUAAACAAACAAUUUGGUCCAUAGAGUAACGUCAUCGCACAAAAAUUCAGCAGCGUCCAAAAUCUAGCCGGAAAACACAGAUACAUAUUUCAGACAAUCAGGGACAAAAGUAGUUGACACACUUAUUUAAAACGGGUGCUUUUAACAAACAUUUAAUUCAUUUAUUAUUUCAUUCCUUUUAAACGCCGUAAAUCCCCCGACCCCCCGAAUCAAUGUUGUCUGAAGUAAAAAAAAGACUUGAGGGUCCAAAAUUCAACAUUGAUUUUGGGGGGAAGGGGUUCUGGUAGACAGAGGAAGGGGAUAAGUAUAUCCACUAUGCAAAAAGGGGCCAUUUUACGGAAGUGUGUCAACACUUUUGUCCCUCAUUGUCUGAAUGCAAAAUUGUGCUACUGCACACAAGUUGAGCCGUAUAUGACACUGAUUUUAACUGAAAUUAAAUGAAUCAAUGACAUAAUUAUGUUAUUGGUGAUGGGGGUGACAUUGACUUAUUCACGACCAAAUUAUAGGGCCAAUUCGAAUUACGUGAUGACGUAAUAAAAGGGCUGCGAUAUCCAGAAUAAACGUCGAUAUGGUUUACAUGCUAAAAACUGACGCUGAAACUCGCACACAUGUACAACUUUUGAUGAAUUUCAAGGGUAUGCGUACUGAAAAUAUUUUUAAUAAAGUGAAUAUUUCUCGUUCUUCACUUUAUGCGAUUGUCAAGGCGCAAACAAUCACGGGUAGGGUAAGGAUUGACCCGUAGUGGAGAUAGUCACUGGCCAGUCACGGAAAUAUGGAACGUUAGUGAGGAGCGGCCGUCACUGGGUUCAAUAUCGAAACUACGGAAAAGUGAAGGUAAAUUCAUGGCCAAUUCAAUAAAAAAAACUAAGGACAGCGUAGCAAACAUUGCAAGUGUACACGAAAACAAUUACUUUCAAUCCCACCUCGUGACACCCUGUGUGACAUGAUAACGCAACGUAAAUAGCGUGACAUGAGCGCAUAUGUCUGUGUAUUUGGACUGCAUUUCUCAAGCGAAACCCUGUGUUGUUGUCUAUUGUCGGGAGUGAAAAUGAAAAGAGAGCUUUGAAACGUGAACUGGUAUUUGACUCUCAAAGAAAACGACAGCUCAAACUGAGGAAAACACUGCUUCCUUCGUGUUACAACGGUUAACCAAGUUUCGGCAAACGGAAAGUAACAUAUUAAGUCUGUUAUGACCUCUUGAUGUCGAUAUAUAUGCUCCUGGUUAACCGUUGAAACUCCUUAUUUGCACCACAUCGCUGGAAUUUUUCUCGCCAAGAAUACGUAUUGUGAAGCACUUUCUACAUAGCCGAAUCUUCUUUUGGAAUUAGGGCAUAAAAAGGAAGAUUUUCCAGAGCACGGCCGUCAUCGAUCACGUGUUAUCCCGCUUUUCUUGUCAUCAAGUGAACUUCUGGGCCAAAGUAAUUGCUGUUUUGGCGAUGAUACAAACUGGUGUGUCUAUCUUGAAAACAAUUUCUUUGGUAUUCUGUGAUUUACGAGCUGGGAAAUGAAAUAGUUGUCCACCCAACACCGAUAAAAAAAAAAUGCCACUGAAUAAAUAGCAGGCGGUCAUCUAAAAUCAUUACAAAAGUACAUUCCUAACCUGGUCUAACCUGUUCGACGCCUACACACGCUAAAGGUUUGGAUCUGCUAGAUUUGAAAAGGUCUCCAAAAAAAAUCAUCUAUUUAUAGGGCAUAGCACAAACGACUGGCUCAUCAUUUAUGAGGUUCAUAACCUGUAUAUUGUUCACGUCCUUUCACUAAUGGCACAAGUCAAUGUCAACAAUAAUGCAAAUUGCAGUACUUCAUUCGCUUAAGUUAACCAUUUACCAGAACAAUUUUCAUUGUACCUUAGUGUUUCCAUCCUUUUUCCACCAUUGAUAAUACUUGUAAAAAAAAUUACAUCCACAGCAGCGGCAUUGAUCACAACACAAAUGAUUUCCUCUCGACCCGACAGGGUAUCAGGAACGCGCGGGGGCACAAGAUUAAGUAAUGACAUACGCUUCGUACAUUUUACUCUACGUAUACUACAAAUCGGGACCAAACUUUUCAAAUUGUUGUUUAUAAACAAACAAUUUGGUCCAUAAAUAACGUCAUCGCACAAAAAUUCAGCAGCGUCCAAAAUCUAGCCGGAAAACACAGAUACAUAUUUCAGACAAUCAGGGACAAAAGUAGUUGACACACUUAUUUAAAACGGGUGCUUUUAACAAACAUUUAAUUCAUUUAUUAUUUCAUUCCUUUUAAACGCCGUAAAUCCCCCGACCCCCCGAAUCAAUGUUGUCUGAAGUAAAAAAAAGACUUGAGGGUCCAAAAUUCAACAUUGAUUUUGGGGGGAAGGGGUUCUGGUAGACAGAGGAAGGGGAUAAGUAUAUCCACUAUGCAAAAAGGGGCCAUUUUACGGAAGUGUGUCAACACUUUUGUCCCUCAUUGUCUGAAUGCAAAAUUGUGCUACUGCACACAAGUUGAGCCGUAUAUGACACUGAUUUUAACUGAAAUUAAAUGAAUCAAUGACAUAAUUAUGUUAUUGGUGAUGGGGGUGACAUUGACUUAUUCACGACCAAAUUAUAGGGCCAAUUCGAAUUACGUGAUGACGUAAUAAAAGGGCUGCGAUAUCCAGAAUAAACGUCGAUAUGGUUUACAUGCUAAAAACUGACGCUGAAACUCGCACACAUGUACAACUUUUGAUGAAUUUCAAGGGUAUGCGUACUGAAAAUAUUUUUAAUAAAGUGAAUAUUUCUCGUUCUUCACUUUAUGCGAUUGUCAAGGCGCAAACAAUCACGGGUAGGGUAAGGAUUGACCCGUAGUGGAGAUAGUCACUGGCCAGUCACGGAAAUAUGGAACGUUAGUGAGGAGCGGCCGUCACUGGGUUCAAUAUCGAAACUACGGAAAAGUGAAGGUAAAUUCAUGGCCAAUUCAAUAAAAAAAACUAAGGACAGCGUAGCAAACAUUGCAAGUGUACACGAAAACAAUUACUUUCAAUCCCACCUCGUGACACCCUGUGUGACAUGAUAACGCAACGUAAAUAGCGUGACAUGAGCGCAUAUGUCUGUGUAUUUGGACUGCAUUUCUCAAGCGAAACCCUGUGUUGUUGUCUAUUGUCGGGAGUGAAAAUGAAAAGAGAGCUUUGAAACGUGAACUGGUAUUUGACUCUCAAAGAAAACGACAGCUCAAACUGAGGAAAACACUGCUUCCUUCGUGUUACAACGGUUAACCAAGUUUCGGCAAACGGAAAGUAACAUAUUAAGUCUGUUAUGACCUCUUGAUGUCGAUAUAUAUGCUCCUGGUUAACCGUUGAAACUCCUUAUUUGCACCACAUCGCUGGAAUUUUUCUCGCCAAGAAUACGUAUUGUGAAGCACUUUCUACAUAGCCGAAUCUUCUUUUGGAAUUAGGGCAUAAAAAAGGAAGAUUUUCCAGAGCACGGCCGUCAUCGAUCACGUGUUAUCCCGCUUUUCUUGUCAUCAAGUGAACUUCUGGGCCAAAGUAAUUGCUGUUUUGGCGAUGAUACAAACUGGUGUGUCUAUCUUGAAAACAAUUUCUUUGGUAUUCUGUGAUUUACGAGCUGGGAAAUGAAAUAGUUGUCCACCCAACACCGAUAAAAAAAAUGCCACUGAAUAAAUAGCAGGCGGUCAUCUAAAAUCAUUACAAAAGUACAUUCCUAACCUGGUCUAACCUGUUCGACGCCUACACACGCUAAAGGUUUGGAUCUGCUAGAUUUGAAAAGGUCUCCAAAAAAAAUCAUCUAUUUAUAGGGCAUAGCACAAACGACUGGCUCAUCAUUUAUGAGGUUCAUAACCUGUAUAUUGUUCACGUCCUUUCACUAAUGGCACAAGUCAAUGUCAACAAUAAUGCAAAUUGCAGUACUUCAUUCGCUUAAGUUAACCAUUUACCAGAACAAUUUUCAUUGUACCUUAGUGUUUCCAUCCUUUUUCCACCAUUGAUAAUACUUGUAAAAAAAUUACAUCCACAGCAGCGGCAUUGAUCACAACACAAAUGAUUUCCUCUCGACCCGACAGGGUAUCAGGAACGCGCGGGAGCACAAGAUUAAGUAAUGACAUACGCUUCGUACAUUUUACUCUACGUAUACUACAAAUCGGGACCAAACUUUUCAAAUUGUUGUUUAUAAACAAACAAUUUGGUCCAUAGAGUAACGUCAUCGCACAAAAAUUCAGCAGCGUCCAAAAUCUAGCCGGAAAACACAGAUACAUAUUUCAGACAAUCAGGGACAAAAGUAGUUGACACACUUAUUUAAAACGGGUGCUUUUAACAAACAUUUAAUUCAUUUAUUAUUUCAUUCCUUUUAAACGCCGUAAAUCCCCCGACCCCCCGAAUCAAUGUUGUCUGAAGUAAAAAAAAGACUUGAGGGUCCAAAAUUCAACAUUGAUUUUGGGGGGAAGGGGUUCUGGUAGACAGAGGAAGGGGAUAAGUAUAUCCACUAUGCAAAAAGGGGCCAUUUUACGGAAGUGUGUCAACACUUUUGUCCCUCAUUGUAGGUCAUUUCGCCCGAUGGCAUUUCUCCCAGACUAAGUUGAUUCUCCCGAUGUGUAUUUGUCAUUCUUUGAACCUGAGAAAAAGGAAUAACCAUAGAAAGACGGUGACUGCACACUGAUGUGAACUCCAAGGUAAACUAAAAUAAUAUCUCGGAGAAGUAGGUUCACCAUGUGGUAGUGUUGUAUGUCAUCAGGCAAAUUGACUUACGUCCUAGUGAACGACUUCGGGCGAAUCAACCUCUGGGCGAAACGACCGCAAUUCAACUUCAAAAGCCGAGAUUAAAUCCAAGAUGUGACAGAUGACAUUAAAAAUAAAUCUGCAGUAAAAAAUUGGUCUGCACUUUCUGGUAAUUGUUAAUGCAUAAUUAUCUGUCAAGUUGUUUGAUGGACAGAGCCCUACAAGUAUAUGAGUAGCCUGGGACCAGGCUGUGAAUUAUGAAGGGGGGGGAGGCAGUGGGUGGGGGAAAGGCUCCACCCUUUCCCUCUCUCUGCAGUGCACCAUUUUGCUCGCUUUGUCACCGAUUUUUUUGUUGUUGUUGUUUUUUUGGCUGUUUCAACCCAUUUUUUGCCUUUUUACCCCACUAAGGAGCCUGAUCCCAAGCUGAUAAAGACGGGUUCAAGAUUGGGGGAACAGGCGAGAGCACCUAAUCAAUUAGGGGGAUUAUGACAAUCAAAUAUGUGAUCACCAAGGAUUAUGAAAGGAAAAUUUAUGUUAGAAUAUUCGAGAUUAAAGUUUAAACAUGCUCCUCAGGGCUUCUAAGUGGGUAAACAAAUGAGGUUUACACUUUUGUUACUAACUGUCGUCUUGUCUUGUUUUUUUUCCAGUACCUGCGUGCCCUGUUAGUCCUUAAACAAUGCCAUCAGCUCAGGCCAGAUGAUUCGCUAGUUUGUCUUUAUGCUGCCAAGCUGUGUUUCAACAAUCUUCACAUGGUAUGUUGUGAAACUACGUACAAAUAAUAUCACCACUAUGGAGUUAGCCAAAGAGUUGUGUUAAACUGACCUUUUAUCUUGCAUUUCACGUUACAGUCCUCCUACCAUGAUUUUUUUCAAAAAAAUGAACAAGAAUGUGAAUAGUAUAUAUGAACGUCCACUUUUCAGGCGUACAUGCCUUAUGUUGAUGGUAUAACUGGAAACGUUUGAUGUAAAAUCUUACAAUGUAGGUAAAAAAAAUUGUUUUAGAGUACGUAAAUGUACUCUAAGGCUUUGUUUAUGAAAAAGUGGAUCGUUACGUAUCGGAUAUGUUUCUGUACCACUCUUAAGCGCUGCGAACCAGUGUUCACGCUUUACCUGAUAGGUUUUCAUGUUGAUAUGAAAUGUAAGUCAAGACUUAAAAGACAGCCUAAUUCAGGGUCAAGCCUUGACUGUUAGGAAGGGGUUAUCCCCGAACACCUAACCCUUUAAGCCCUAAGAGUGACCAGCAUCAAAUUUCUCCUUGUAAUAUCACCGCUUUGUAAAACAGAGUCGUCAUGAGAAUUACGGACAUGAUCACACAAGAUGAAUUUACUUGAUAUUUUAUCAUCUUCCCCUCACUACUUCUGUAGGAAAUGAAUAGGGGCAACAAAUGAGAAUUCAAAUUUUGAUGUUAGGGUUUGACGGGUUAAUAGACCCUUCCACGGUUAUUUUUAACCUUUUACUGGGACAUGUUAGCCAAAAUCCGUCAACACAGCUAAAAAGAACGCCUUAAAAUUUGUAAAGAUGUUAAGUUUAACUGAUACAGAAGUUCGACUGACUUUUUUUUAUGUUUUCUUUUCAAGUGUGACGAAGGUAUGACAUUUGCAAAGAAAGUAGUUGCUAUGGAUGAUGAAAAAGAGUUAUCCUCCAGAGGUUAUCUGGCGCUUGGUAUCGGAUACAGUUUGCAGUCUUGUGAAGGUAGGUUCCUGGUACGUUUAUUUACACAUGGCCUUCAAGCAAGCUCUGAGUUUGAGAAUCGCGAGACAAGAAGGGUGGUAAGCGAACAGUGAGCAAAGCCCUGGUCUUUCGCAGCUCACUCGCGCGGCGUAACCUUCACCGACUCUUGUGGCAGUCCUUGCAGGUGGUCAGCUACAUUAUUACUAAUUUUUUGGAUCGUAAAAGUUUUUGGCCUAAAUUUUUGUAUUUGUCGUUUGUAAUCCAUGUUAGUCUCUUCCAUUAUCGUCUUUUUAGUUUCCUAUUUACGUCUUACGUGUUUUUCUGUGUUUUUCACCGAGACGAAUAUUUUAUGGUUUCCUCCUAUCACAAGAUUAUUGUGUGAGUUGCAAAAGAAUGACUCCAGUAAGGCUGAGGUAGAGAAGGUCACAAACGUAGUUUGUGUUGUCUCCAUCCCUCCCCACCCACCCUCCGUUAUUGUGCAGAACCGUUAUUAAGCAAACCCAAGAUAGCCCCUCUAAAACACAAGCGCACUAGACACUCAAGUUAAUACUUUUGUCAAAAAUAUUUUUUGAAAACUUUUUUUUUGUAGCAUGUCUUAGAGGAGAGCGACAACAGCUUCAAAAACAAGCAACUGAUGCUCUGCAAAAGUGGGUUUUUGGGUUGUUUUGUAUUUUUUUGUGUUGUUUUUGUAUUUAUUGGGUUAGUAAUUGAAAGUGUUCAAUUUUUGACGUAAGAAAUUACCCAUUUUAUGAACUGGGCGUGCCUUGACCCAGGUAAUGAAUUGAGUUGGCUUAUUUGUUCUUUAUUGUAUAACCCAAAAAAGGCCCAGGGUUUCGAUGUCAUACCAAACGCAUACAAAUUUCUGUGUUUACAGCCUCCAUCACCACGCGAACUGUUGUAAACCUAAACAUUUGAUUACAGUUGGUGUGAGUGAACUUGUGUAAUCUGUUACACCAAAUUUACCUGACUCGAACAAGUUAUUGAGUGUGUUUAACACUCAAAAAUAUAGCUUAAUAGAAUCGCUUCUUUUUAAGUUAUUUUACAUGCAAGGUUUCCCUUAUGACACCCUUAGAGGGAUAGCACUUUUUUCCUCAUUUUCAGAGCACACAGUCUAGACCCAGAUGACAGUGAAGUAUUGUUUCAUCUUGCUCUUUGUCAAGCUCUGAUGAGACAGGUAAAUUUUAUUUAUCGACUAUUACAUAUGAUUGCUUCAGUUUUCCACUGAUCAAAACCGCUCCUGACCUUAACGCUUCUCCUGAACUGCUCCCGCUCCUUUUCCCGCGCCCUUAGCUCCCUCCUGUCAUGAUUGGUUCUUUGUCCUGAUUGUCUGUGCUUUUUCUGAUUGGCUAGGGACAACACUUACACUUCUGAGUUAAUAAAAUGCUCCAUCAUGCGUUUUUUUUAAACUUGUUUUUAAGCUUCUACUUGACAUUCCCUUUCGUAGCCAAUGUUUUUCUCAGUAUAUGCUGUACGUCGUGAACGAACGCAGUACAAGAUAACAGCCUACAUAGCAAGAGUUCACGUGCGGGGAUGGCGCGUAAAUUGGACCAUGAGCAACUUCCUCCUCACCUUUCCCUUUAACUUUUGCGCCGAUUGCGCAAACGGGAACUAUUUUUUUGCUAACUAUACAUCACGUUUCCCUCAGUUCAAAUUUGCUGUAAGUUGGAUACCGUGCGUGUUAUAAAAUAUGGUAAAUUCAACGCUUUUCGUGUUGAUUUUCAUGCAGAUUACAAAGGCGCUGAAAAAUAUCCGAAAUGCCAUAAAAAUGGACAUGAAUCAGUCAUUAUACCUCCAUCUGUUGGCUCUGGUACUUUCCUCUCAGAAAAAGGUUGGUAUCUGUUAGUCUUGCAGUCAUUAAAAAAAAUUUAGGAGUACAGUGUCAUAAUUUUGCAAUUUGUUUCAUCAAGAGAAACCUGUCUUAUAGGUUCAUUAACCGGAUUAUGGACUGGAAAGUGAAUAUAUGAAUUUUUUUCUAUUUGAGCUGCGAAAGAAAGAUGCAUGGCUUUGCCAGUUAUUUGCAGGGUAUAACUGCAAGGAAGUGAAGCCAAUUUCUGCGGGUCAGUAACAUUUCCCUUCCCAUCAGCUGACUGGUUCUCUUUCAAUUGAGCUAACCGGAAAGUGGUGCCGGGAAAUUUUAAAAAAGAGUUCAUGACUUAUCUAUCAGAUAUGUCCCUAAUUUACCUUAGACUCCAAGUCUUGUUUGGCCGAAGAAAGCACAGCAAGCUCUACAAAUUUUAAAUAGUUAGUUUUUAAGCUGAGAAUCUUGUAAGCUCUUUGUCAUGUCAAAGCACGUUUCAGUGCUGCGUUUUUAACACUUAUUUAAUACAAGAGUGGGAUUUGUGCUGUAACCUUGGGUUUUCCCUGCAGCUGAACAUUUUUUGAUAUAUACACCUAAUUGGAAUACCGUUAUCAUAGAAAAACGCCAAAAGGAAAAGAGAAAAUGUGAAAAGAAAAAUAGGAAUUAUAGACUCGCUAAUAAACUUCUAUAUGGUUCACCCAUUUGCAACGUACGCGUACAGCCGUUACAUUUAAAUUUGUUUUUACGCCUCUAUUAAAACUCCAUGCUGCAAAUGGAUGUAUCCUAGUGUGGUUUAUUGGAAAGCUAUUUAAUUCUUAUUUGGCUUUUUCUUUUUUCAUUUUCUAGCCUGCGUAACAGGCGCUUAUGAGCCAAGCGAGGCGAACGCGGAAUUUUGCGCGAAGCGCGAGAGAACUCCUCCCCUCGUCUCGCGAUUCGCGCAAAAUGCCGCCUUUGCCUCGCUUGGCUCCUAAAGCGCCUGUUAUGCAGGUUAUUCAUUUUCCCUCUAGCAUUUUUCUAGGACAAUAUUAUUGCAAUUAGGUGCUCAUCAGUUGUCCUCCUUUUAAUUAUGUUGUUAUAAGACGUUAUUACCACCUCUUUUGAUUGUAGUUUUUAGAGGCUUUGGAAGUCUGCGAUGCUGCCCUUAUGAAGUUCCCCGAAGAUUUCAGGUUUGAAGCUACGUUUCUUUUCUCUUCUAGUUUUCCUCCUUUGUUAACUCUGCUUUAAGCGAUUUAAAAUAAUUCCGCCUGGAAAAGCCAAACACAUUGCAUAAAGAAACAAACAAAACCGUAUUCCUUGGGGGGGUCAGAUUUGUUCGUGGUCCCAAAUAAAUUCGUUCUGCUCGCCGGCGUGACAUUUUGAAGAUGACAUCUUUCUCAGAAAUGAUAUCUUUUUGAACUCCAACCAGAUUCACUUCAAGGGAGGACUACAAUGUUUUUUGAAUUUUCUCCAUUUUAUGUACAUCUUUUCACAUCUUUUAUUUAAAGGUUUUGAGGUUUUUUUAGCACACUGGUCUUUCCUCUGUUUAGUUUGCUUCUUCUGAAAGUGAAGUUGGAACAGUCAUGCGUGGGAGGAGAUCAAGCAUUGGUCACAUGCAAACAGCUCUUAGAGACCUGGAAGCAAGUCUACGAUUCUGACCUAUCGGGGUGAGUCUGGUUCAACAAGCUGGUUUAUUACGGUUAUCGUAAGGAACCCAUCUCCUAGUUGUAUCGCCAAAAACUUCGAGAUCGCACGACAAUACAUUUUCCGAUCGUCCUACCUUCUUUUGGACAGCCACUGACAUGGCGCUGGUGAAGAUAUAGUGCAGGACAAUAAAACUCGUUUAUUUCUCCAAACAGAAGGGAGAAUAGGUACGAGCAUUCGGCGAAAAGAUUUCUGGGAUCGUAUAUCGGGGUGGACCCAAUAAGCGAUGAUUGGUUAAAGGCUGCCAUUCGACAUCAUAAAUCGACCAAUCAUAACUAACACCUGUCUACCCAAACGAUCCCAGAAGUCAUUGCACCGAAAGCUUGUAACCCAUUCUUCCUGUAGUUACGGAGCGGCAAAUAGAGACAUACUUACACUGAAAUGCGAGUAAUCAGAGCGAGAGUGAAAUAUUAUCGCACCUUCUGGAGUUAAUGCUAGUCGUAGCUGUGAGAUGCUUGACAAUCGUCAGAUUCAAGAAAAAGGUUUUUUUCUGUACAGGCUCAAUGUUCGAAGUACCUUUUUUGCAAAGUUCACUUUUUUUUUUUCGAUUAUCAUCUCUCCUGUUUUCAUCGCAGGUCCGUGGAACUUCAGCGGGCAGGGUCGGGUUUAUUAGACAAAGUCAUCACAGAUACACGAAGCCUAAAGCAGAUUCCUCUCACAGAGUUCAGCAGCGAUAAGGAUUCGGGUGAGUGGUCGUUUUUACGUCAGCACUGAGGCUAUCUUUGCUUGAUUUUAAGGGAACUCUACGCUCGCUGACCAGUAUUACAUGACCGUAUUGCGGGUUCAGGAGUCGACCCUUCGAGGUUGCUUGUUUUUUGAAGUCAUCCGCUGACACGUUACGUUUUCAACCGAUCACUGGCUCAACUCCAAGUGGAUUCUUUGCAAUUGUUACAUGUUUAUUGUUUGAAAUAAAUUAACGUAUAAAUUUAUCAACGGGAGCUUCGCCUUUAGCCCUAGCUGUUAUAAACUGAGCGACAGACACAACAAGGAAAAGGUAAUUCAUUGAACAACAGCACCGCAUUGGAAACCCGGUCAUACCAAAAACAUGGAAACAUGUCAGGUGCAAAAAGCAUGAUUUGUUAAUAUGUCUGAAAUAUAAUGAAAGGGUUUACGCCUUUUGAACCAUUAUUGCAAAAAUGCAAGCACAAAACGAGAGUAAACUUAACAUGCUUGACAAACAUUGUUUUUUAGCGGACGGUGCGGGUUCGAUUGCUGCCUCAGUGCGUCUUGAGCAGGCACUUUCAGAUGAAGCAGCAUCGGCUUCCGUUAAAAUGAGUGUCCCUGUGGUACUGGCUUUGCAGGCAAAAUUGUGGCUCGCCAUCGGUAAGUUCAUAAAACCGCUUGUACUUUGCAGUAGUAGUGACUGUUUUCUCCCUUUAAUGUCAAUUCUUUUUCUCCCGGAUGCCUGUGGACAAUUAAACCAUGACUACAGUCUCAGACAGAAAUAGUUGGGACACUUCCACUGGACACAGUUUUUUCCUUCUCGCCCGUUUCCUCUCCCUCCCUAAUGUUGUUUGUUGCAGUUAAAUCGAAAUCGUGUACACAAACAUUGAGUAAGCGAGAAGACAAAAGUUGUCCCAACAAUUUUGACUGAGACUGUAGCUGUACAAGGGUCGUUGAUGAUAGAGAUCAUCGUUAGAACUGCCAAUAAAGUAAUAUAAGAGUGGCCAGUAAGAACUGUUUAAGUGCGCUUUAAGACCUUGUCACACUCGGCAGUUUUCUGCAACUUUUGUCGCGAGGUAAUUGCGUAUAGCCCGCGAACAGCAAAAGCAUUUCCGGUCGUCGCUUUUCUCCCUAUUUUUGGAGGGAGAGAAGCGACGACCGGAAAUGCGUCUGCUGUUCGCAGGCUAAUUUCGAUAUAACUUUGCAAGAAAAAUUACCGAUUGUGACAGGGGCUUUAGGAAUUCAACAUUCCUCAGGAUGAUCUUCAGAAAAUCUGCUGAAAAUCAUGACCAUUAUUUUGCUUUGGGUUUCUUCAUUUAUACAGCUGACGUGUUUAUCUCCAUGGAGAAGGACGCGGAGGCAAGUGCAUGUGUACAGGAGGCUCACUUAAUAUUUCCUAUGUCCCCGGAUGUUUUGUUCCAGGUAUGAUGUUAUCUUUGAACAAAACCUUUCGUCCAUAGUAUACGACAUAACAAGCUUGAACCAGAAACACAAAUCUGAUUUUUGUCAAAUUCUAUUAAGCUUUUUUGGAAAGAUGAAACCAAACUGCUAUGACUCGAUAAGACUGCCAUUUACGAUAAGCGGAAUAAGCGGUAGUAUCGUUGGGGAUGGAGAAUUAGAGGAAUAACUGAAAAUAACGGAAAUCUUCAUUGUGCGUGACAGUAAUUCUUCAUUGAGCGUUACUGGAAAUCUAUCAUGAUAUUAAGUUCAACCAGUUCUAUUUGACAAGGAGUUCCUGAAAUAUAUUAAAACGUAGCACGAAAGAGCCCUGGCUGUUGACUUCAAUGUCUUAAAGUCAUGCAGCAGACUACAAGACCUAUUAAACCACAAAUGGUAGCCCUUGAAAGCCUCGACGAUUCCGCUCACAGUCAUUUUAGCGUUUUACCAUUUUUAACCGUAAUAGCUUUACCAUCAGACAGUUUAGUUGGGGCUUAAAUAAAAACUAGCUUUAUGAUGAAUUCUAACUCGGAAUAACUUCAAACUAUUGUCUUUUACUUUAUGUUCUUUACAGCGUGGUCGUAUCUUUGAGAUUCAAGAAAAAUACACCGAUGCUAAAAACUGCUUUGAUAAUGCGAUCGCAAUAAACCCUGCGCAUGUUCCCAGCAUUCAACACUUGGUAAGAUUCAUUUCCCUCCAUUUUCAACCAGUGAGCUUGUCUAGUGAUUACGUUGUUAGCUUGCCCAAAUUUCUUCAUGUGAAAGCAUAUUUAGCAAACGCAGUAUCCUUUAAACCGCCGCCUGGUUAGCUGAGUUGGGAGAGCGCUGGUCUACUGAGCGAGCGGAAGGUCGUGGGUUCAAACCCCGGCCGGAUCAACACCCAGGGUCUGAAAAUAACUGAGGAGAAAGUGUUGCCUUUGCAAUGACAUCUGUAAACGGUUAGACUCUAUAGUCUUCUCGGAUAAGGACGAAAAACCGUAGGUCCCGUCUCACACUCACCGCACUUUCACUGAUUUGUUCUUGUGGCACGUAAAAGAACCCACACUACUGUUCGAAAAGAGUAGGGGACGUAGACCCCGGUGGUGUAGUCAACCUCUCCUGGGCUGGGUGGGUUAUCUGUAAGGACACACUUAAGGUGUUUCCGUACAGUUUUUCAGAGGCCAUACUGAAAUUUUUCAAUCGCCUUAAAAGUGGUUUUCUCCUUGUCCGAUCGCUAUAACAUUUUCAGCAGUAAUUGUCUAUGGAUUGAAAUUUGUGAAAAUGUAGUUUUAAGUAAAAUCGAUAUUACUACGACAACAAUAAACAAAAACCUUUGAAAGUGAUGAAAGCCGAAUUUUGUGCGAUCUAGACCAGCUACUGAAAAUCCAACACUAGGAACUUAAAGUUUGGUGUUUAGCAAACAAUCUCCUGAGAAGUAAAAUUUUAAAUAUAUUUUAAAUUUUCAAUAGCUGGAUAGAUUGUGUAAUAAAAACGUUAUAAAUGACUCAAAUUAUUCUUAACUAGCGUCAGAAUGCUGCUUAGUAUCAUAUUUUGAUGCUAGGAAACUUUGGUGUAUUUUCGUUCUUGCGAUCUUGAAAAUCAACCCGUUUUCUCACCACCUGUAUAAGUGCAACUUCAUUCAAAAUGUGGACUUUUAGCGCUUUUUUGUAUAUGUCUGAAACGACUCGAACGAAUUUUUUUUAAAAUCUCCUCACAUAAUCUUCAUAAUGUAUUUAAUAAGGUCUGAAACUUUCAUUGAGAUUGAUUCAAUGCAACAUAUUAAAAUUUCUAAUUUAUUGUGUAUCUCUCGUGUCACUUACUCAUUUCUCCUUAAAUAUAUUUAAAUCUGAUUUGUUUUAAGUGAAUGAUUUGUUUCUUGCAGGGUGCCCUCUAUCAGAAAAACGGAAAUCUGGUCAUGGCGGAAAAGGUCCUCCGUGAUGCCAUCAACAUCGAUCCAACAGCAUUCCUGGCUUGGUGAGUCAUUAAUUUGCGGUAAUCUUAGGCCCCCUACACACGAAUCCAGAUAUUUUCGAAAACGCAUUUUUUUUUGUACGAAUCAGCCUUGAGUCCACACGAAACGGGUGAAUCCGCUCACCGAAACCGCAUUGGUUUUGAAACCGACUGGUUUAAGGCCCCCUCCACACGACUCCACCGCCUCAAAAAUGUUCGGAUUGUUGUGGACGGUACCUUACGCACUUGAUACAUAGAGCUGGCUACCCUGAGAUAACCUGCCAGCGUAGCGUAUAAACCAGGUUUCCCUGUUAUCGGCUAGCAUUCCAUCCAUAGACAAGUCGAAGGGCCAAUUCGUGCGAUAAAUUUUCUCAUCACGUUGCAAAUUCUGUGGGUAAAAAUUGCGUUGAACAAGUACGGUCGCCUUUUAGCCUAUAAGCAAACUCUCUAUUUGGGAAUCGAGAGGCGCAGGCGUCUUUUGCGCCUGACCUGCGACAAUGAAAAGCUGGAUCGCGGGCUAGACUCCUCAAUGUAUUUUUUCCAAAUUUUGACGAAGCUGACAUUCUGUCUCGGUGCUGGAAACAUUUUUGUCAAAAGUCGAAAGACAAUAGAACCAUCAAUAAAUCGCUUCGGGUACCUAUGCGACAGACACGCGGCAGUAUAGGUUUUUGUACGCGGUUGAUCGGCUUGCCCUUGAAAAUUUGUUUUUUUCAAUUUGACAACUGGUUUUUCCCCAAAGGAGACCGAUUAACAACAGGUCUGAGUGUAUGACUGGUAGCACUUAGCUGAAGCCAAGUGAGGUGUAAUAAAGUAAUAACCAAAGGUUAGGGAGUGCGGGCGAGGUCGAUCGAAGGACGAUCUUGCUCCAACUGUGUAAGUUUCAUGUGAUAGGAAGUCAAAAUGCGCCUGAUCAGAUUUCGAGUGUCAGAAGGUCCAAACGCUGCUUUCCAUUCAUACGAGCCGCGCAUGCAAAAUAGCAAUCUGGAGAUUAGGUUUGCAUGCUCUUUUGGGCGUUCGCAUGUAAGUUGUACUUUCUUUCAGGCACUUAUUGGGCGUGGUGUUAGAAGAGCAGAACGAACACGAGGCUGCCAGUGAGUGCCUUAUGACAGCUCUGGACUUAGAAGCUACACACCCCGUCUUACCGUUUACAGUCAUCCCACGGUUCUUGUAAAACGCGAAAAGUCGAACCAGUGUACACUGAGGCCACAAGCUAAGCACUGAAAAGCAUCGAAGUUGGCGGUUGUUUCUGUCAUUGCGAGAUGUUGUGCGCAACAAGCUAAGGACAGAAAAGCAUUGGCAGAUUUGGCGGUUAUUGCUGUGGCUACGAUCUGUUAUGCGCAACAAGAUAAGCACUGCAAAGCAUUGCAGUUAAUUCUGUGGUUGCGAGAUGUUGUGCGCAACCAGCUAAGGACUGAAGUGAGCAUUUGAGUUGGCGCUUAUUUAUGCAGAUCCCAUCUGUUGUGCGCAUGACUGGUGUCGAAGAUGUGACCAAAAUGAUCCAUGCGUUAUUCUAAGGUAUCCCCUUGUAAAUGACUGGAUACAAAAAAUGAUGAGAAACUGGAGGAGUUUACGCUACAGUGCUUUUGUAUCAAAAUGAAA